AAGGAUCUCGCGUGUGAAGCCUAAGGAUCUCGCUCGUGAAGCCUAAGGAUCUAGCGCUUGAAGCCUAAGGAUCUCACGCGUGAAGCCUAAGGGGGUGGGGCGAGUCGCUUCCGGGUCGCGCGCCCCUCGCUGUAUUUGGCGCGCGCCAGUCGCUAGCAACUUUUUUUUUGGCGGGCACCCGCGAACAACUUUGUCGUCGUAGUCGUCGUGAGGAGUCGUUGUUGUUGUCGUUGUUGUAGGCGGAUUGCUCCCCCACCCCUCUCGCGACUCCCGUCGACCGCGUUGCGUGAGGAGACGGAGAGGAGGAGGAGGUGGUGGUGAGGAGGAGGAGGAGGAAGAGGUGGUGAGGGGCAUUCUCCGGCAUUCGACGAUGUCGGGCGUCGACGCGAGCUGGUGUAGGUAUUUUUUUGUGUACGACACGUCACAGGUGACGCGAGAAGAUGACAGCACUGAUAAAGGCAUCCGCUAUUUUUACCCGCCCGAGACGGACGAGGACGAGCAGCGCUUGCUGUGCAGUCAGUUCCCAGGCGUGGCGCGGUGUGUCGCCGAAAUCACCUGCCGCCCUCCGUUCAUGCUGCGCCUUCGUCACGUCAAGUUUGCGCUGCGCACUCAAGGCCCCUUCUUUCUGGCUCUGGGCUGCAUAACGUCCUUGCCGGAUGGCUGCUGCCGCCACAUGUUGGAUCGACUGCUGGUGCUGUUCACGUGCUACCGUGGCCCGCUGAUGCUUGCGUACCAGGGAUCUGGACCUCCGUGGCCCAUCUGGGAGCCCUUCCUGGACCAUGUGCAACGAGCAGUCAGAUACCUGCCCGGGCUAUUUUCCACCGUGCGCUACCUCAACAAGCGGGAGGUGGACCCAUUGCUGCUGCUGAAGGCAGCGCUUAUCCUGCAGAGCUGCCAGCGCUGCCCCCACGUGUUGGCCGGCUGCAUCCUGCACAACCUCACAGUGGUGAGCAGCCAGCUGACCCCUCAGGUGACGGCUCAUCUCCUCGCUGCGCGGAACGUUCACCGUGCUCUGAAGGACCUUUCACAGUAUUCAAGUGGCGACACUGCCUUUGACCGGGAGGCGUCGGUCAUCCCAGUCUACCUCUCCGACGAGGAGUUCUCGUCCCUGCACUGCCACUCUGCGAGACGACUAAACAGGUUCAGCAGCACAGGGUCAGACCUCGUCAGCAGAACCUGCGGUGCCGAUGGCCGCCCUCGCCUGUCCGUCACCCUUUCCGACACCACGGACACGGAAUCCGACAGCUCCAGCUCGGAUGAGGGCAGCUCCGGCUCCAAGUGCACCAAGCGCCGUGUCCCGGGCUGUGGAGCGCUCCUCUUCCAGCCGCUGCUCGCAGACAGCCUUGGCAGCCCGCUCGGGCAGUGGAAGGCUGACCUCACCAACUCCGUGUCGGAGUUCCAGGCCUCGGAGGCGAGCGUGGCCAUGGCCGACACCCUGGAGAGCAUCUCCGAGGCAGAGGAGGCCGGCACUAGCACCAACGCGAGGGCGCGCGCGCGGGGAGACCAAGGGCCUGCGACUCCUGGAGGUCAUGACAGAGCCACAAGUCACGAAGAUGGGAAGGCAUUGGGGACCUUCGGAUGGCACAAAAGUAGAGGAGUCGUGGCAGGGGUGGUAUGCCACCGAGACGCCAAAGGUCACGAGGAAGAGAGAAGCAAUAAGGGGGUUGGAAGCUCCGAAGACAGCGUAAGCAGCGAUGUUGCUCCCAGCAUCGAGACAAGAAGAGGAGGCCUGCCGCAGUGUAGUGACAAGGUUAGUGGGGUCAUGCUGUCCGAAGGCAGGCAGCACCUGGACUCCGACGCACCGAUGCUCCUGGAUUCCACGGAGACUUCACCUGAGCUGCAACCUUUAACCUCGCGUAAUCGCAGCAGUGGGCGAGGGGCAGCUGCCAGCAUCGGUUCUGGAACGGGGGCAGCGGGGGUCUCGCGCCUCGCUCUGCCCGAGCGAGCGCCCGUCUCUCCCGACGCAGACCAAGGCGAGGACCAGGCACACUUUGUGAGUGUGGCGAGCGAGUCUGACUCCAGCCUCCCCUCGCCAUCGCCAUCGGCGUCGUUGCCGUCAUUCUCGUCGUCGUCGCCAUCGGAGGUCGAGAGUGGUGGAGGAGCUCGCGGGGAGGAGAGCGCUCGCUCGCGUGAGUUCCCGGCGCAGGCGCCGCGCGGGUUUGUGCGGCUGGCGCUGUACGUGCAGGCCAAGCCCGAGAUCACUCUGGUGCUGCUGGCAGAGGAUGCGCUGCGGAACGACGGCUCUGCCCAGGAUGAACUGUUCACUUCCAACCUCGCAUCGCUCAACGGCCUGGAUGUGCAUCUGAAGGAGGUGUUCGCACAGACCCCAUCAGACAAGCGCAAACACAGUUACAGUUUCCUCUGCUACGACCGCGUUCUCCGCUCGCUGCAAGGUAGCAAGAGGGUUCUGGCACUGACAACGCCGGAUAUUCUCCGUGACAGCCACACGCACGGUGCGUCCACGCCAGAGCGUGAGCUGUGCCGUGCUGCCUCCCUCAUGCAUUCCGAGUUCCGACGUUCUCCAGCCAUCACGGAGAUAACACUCAGGAGCAGCACGGCGUGCGUGUACGGCGCCCAGACGCCGGCGCAGGAGGUGUUUUUCCAGGUGAGCCCGUCCCAGCGGAGCGGCAUGGUCGGGCCCGGUUUCGCGGACGGCACCUACCGGCUCCCGGGCGCCGCUCGCUCCAAACUGCAGCAGCACGGCAUCAACCUGCCCUGACGACGCGUGGCCCCAAAGCGGCGCCGUAGCCCCUCGCCGCUCUCGCCACCACUGCCAACAAAUAAUACCAGCGCACACCACUCUCACCAGCACCGGCACCACUGCCAACAAAUAACACCAGCGGCACCGCUUUGACCACCACCGGCACCACUGCCAACCACCUAUUAGGGCUGCCAACGCCAUCAGCACUACCACAACCUCCACCAUCAGCAGCACCACUAGCACUACUACCUCCUGCACUACCAACGAUCGGCACAAGCAGCACCACCAGCACUUUUCAACAACUAACACGAGCACGAUCUCUGCCAUCGGCAUCAACACCACCAGUACUAGCACCACAACCUCCAGCAACAACAUCAACACUACCGGCAUUAGCACCAACACAACUACCAGCAGCAGAGCUACCUGACGAGUGCUGCCCAAGAGCAACCAUCCCCAACAGUAAGCACCAUGCAGGGAUUGGAAAAUCUGGUCAUUGGUCAUUGCAGCCAACAUUUUCGGUAUCUUAUGACCAAAUGAUUAUGAAUGGGACGAUUCAGAAUCCGGUUUAAUAUUUUGAGCCAUGUUCUGAACUGUCACCGCAUCCAUAUGCACUGUAGCUUGACCAUGUGGGCCACAUGACCAAAGCCAGCAAGGUGCUAAGCAGGAGACGUAAGAGGAGUUAAGCUGCAGUGAGGUCUCAAGAAGUGAGAGGUUUGUGCGUAUGGCGUAUGCAUUGAGAUCGGCCUCGCAGAAGAUAGCUUCCCAUUUGUGUUGUAACAAAGUUAUCGAUUCAGUAUUAAAUGGUGCACUUUUGUUGAAUUGCAAUUGUUGCAGUGCCGGAUUAUGUAGCAAGUGCGGGGCCUGUAGGAUAUGUUAUAGAGGGGCCCUAAAUUAAAAAAAACACAUUAAAACAUUUUUAACUUGCAUAGUAAAGUAAUUGUAUUCUUUCAUUUGCUAU